UGACGCGCGCGCGCGGCGCGCGGGGCCCGGCAUGAGGACUUUGUGGAGAUUGGGAUACUGUGCCAGACUACUGAAAACUAAUCACUUUAGGACAGCUGCAUCAAAUACAUCAUUUCCAGCAGUUUGGAUGCUAUUAGCACAACAUUCUGGCAGAAUACCUGGGCUCUUUGUAGUAGUUAAAAAAAAUACUUUCUUCACAAUGCCCGAAACCGUGGAGGAUAAAACUAAUCCAGAACUGUAUUUGCCACAUCCUGGAGUGCGUGGGAUGACCCUGCUCGACAGAGAGGCUUUCAAAAGGACAGUGGUUGUUCCAGCUCUUAAAGUCAAGAAAGAAAUUGUGCACAAUGUGCUGAAGUCCUUAAAACAAUCAGUGCUGCAGCGUCCCGGCCUCAAGCGGGUGGUGGAGGAUCCAGAGGAUGAGGACAGUAGAUUUGUUAUCCUGGAUCCUCAUAAAGUACCAGAAUUCUCAUUGGGAGAGUCAGAGCAACAGGUCCUGAAGGAGCUCAGUGUGCACCCUGAGGUGUCCAAGUACCACCUGGAGCUGAGCUAUGAGAAUUUCAAGUCGGAGGAGAUCCUGCGAGCCGUCCUUCCCGAAGGACAGGAGGUCACCUCUGGAUUCAGCCGUGUUGGCCACAUUGCUCACCUGAACCUCAGGGAUCACCAGCUGCCCUACAGACACUUGAUUGGCCAGGUUAUAAUGGACAAGAAUCCAGGAAUCACCUGUGUAGUGAAUAAAACCAGUAUUAUCGACAGCACAUACAGGAAUUUUGAAAUGGAAGUGCUUGCUGGAGAGAACAACCUGGUGACCAAGGUCAAAGAAAAUAACAUCUCCUAUGAACUGGACUUUUCCAAAGUGUACUGGAACCCGCGCCUGUCCACGGAGCACGGCCGCGUCGUGGAGCUGCUCAAGGCCGGCGAUGUUCUCUUCGACGUCUUCGCUGGGGUGGGGCCCUUCGCCAUCCCGGCAGCCAAGAGGAAGUGCCGGGUGUUCGCCAACGACCUCAACCCCGAGUCCUACAGCUGGCUCCUGCACAACUGCAAGCUCAACAAAGUGGACAGCAGGGUCAAGGUGUUCAACAUGGACGGCAGGGACUUCCUGCGGGGGCCGGUGAGGGAGGAGCUCAGCAAAGAGCUCCCGCUCCUGAAGGGAGAGCACAAAACCGCUUUCCACAUAGUGAUGAAUUUGCCAGCUCUGGCUGUGGAGUUUCUGGAUGUUUUCAGGCAUCUCUUGGUGGGAGAGCCCUGCAGCCCUGCUGCCCUUCCCACUGUGCACUGCUAUGGGUUCUCCAAACACAGCAACCCAGCCAGAGACAUUCAGGAGCGGGCGGAGGCUGCGCUGGGAACCUCCUUGGCUGGACGCUGCUCCACUUUCCUGGUCAGGAACGUGGCACCCAACAAGGAGAUGCUGUGCCUCAGCUUCCAGAUCCCAGCAGAUGUGCUCUACAAGAGGCCCUGCCCUGAUGAAGCAAAACCAGCCUCAAAACGUCUGUGUACCAGCCAAGACUCUUCAGAAGAGAAGGCACUGAGUUGAAGAGCAGAGCUAUGGUGACCACCUUAGUUUGUGUAAAGGAUAUUUGAGAUGUCUCUGUUUUACCCCUUGAGUUAUAAAGAGCAGACCUGUGUUCCCAUGGAGUUGCAGCUUUCCUUUGGGAGCUUUGCUUGCUGCAGUCACCUUUGCUUCUCAUUGUGGGGUCGAUUGAAACUGUUGUUACUACAAAAAAAAAUUAAAACUUCAUUGUUUUAUAAUCAA